AUGGCCUUCGAUGACCUCCUGAAGCAGCUGGGGGGCGUCGGCCGCUUCCAGCAGAUCCAGGUGACUUUGCUGUUCCUCCCCCUGCUCCUGCUGUUCUCCCAUAUCACCCUACAGAACUUCACCGCCGCCAUCCCCGCCCACCACUGCCGCCCACAGGCCAACGCCAGCCUCGGCAAAGGUGGGGAGCUGGAGGCCUGGCUGCCCCGGGACAGGCAGGGGCAGCCCGCGUCCUGCCUCCGCUUCACCUCCCCGCAAAGUGGGCCACGCUUUCCCAAUGGCUCAGAGGCCAACGGCACAGCGGCCACAGAGCCCUGCGUCGAUGGCUGGAUCUACGACAACAGCACCUUCCCUUCCACCAUCGUGACUGAGUGGGACCUCGUGUGCACACACCGGAACUUGCCGCAGCUGAGUCAAUUCAUUUUCAUGACAGGGAUGCUGCUUGGAAACUUGAUAUUUGGGAACCUCACGGACAGGGUGGGCCGCCGGAAGGUGUUGACCUGGAGCUACCUGCAGUUAGCGGUGUCAGGGACCUGCACGGCCUUUACACCCAACUUCACAGCCUAUUGCGCUUGCCGCUUCUUUUCAAGCAUGGCUAUAAGUGGCAUUGCCACCAACUCUCUGACAUUUAGCUUGGAGUGGCUGCCCAUCCAUACCCGGCCAGCUUUGAGCCUCUUAUAUGGGUUAUGCAACAGCCUCUGCCAACUCUCCCUGGUCGGCAUGGCUUAUGCUGUGCCCGACUGGCGCCACCUGCAGCUGCUGGUCUCUCUGCCCUUCUUUGUCAUCUUCAUCUACUCCAGGUCCUUCACUGAGUCAGCCCUCUGGUACUUCUCCUCGGGGAGGCAGGACCUCUCCUUGAAGGCCCUACAGAGAGUGGCCCAGAUCAACGGGAAGCAGGAAGAGGGAGCCAAGCUGAGUAUGGAGCUGCUUCAGAUGCAUCUGCAGAAGAACCUGACGAUGAACAUGGCCCAGCCCUCGAUGUUGCAGCUGCUACGCUCCCCUGCUGUUCGCCACCUCCUCCUCUGCCUUGCGCCCCUGUGGUCCUCACUCAACCUGAGCCACUUUGGCUUAGUCAUGAGUCUGCAAAGUUUUGGGAUCAACAUCUACCUGAUGCAGGUGCUCUUCACAAGUGCAGACAUCUUAUUUCAUUUCCUGAGCUUUUUGACCAACAAAUCACUGGGCCGCCGGUCUACCCAAAUGGCCUCCUUGCUGCUGUCCGGGAUCUGCAUUCUGGCCAGUGCGAUGGUACCCCAGGAUCAGUUGUUCCUCCACAUCACAAUGGCUGUGUUAGGAAAAGGCUGUAUAACUGGCUCCUUUAACUGCAUCAUUAUGUAUACAGGGGAGCUGUGCCCCACAGUAAUGCGGCAGAGGGGUAUGGCUCUGACAACAACCCUGGGGAUCAUGGGCGGCAGCCUAAGCCCGUUAGUGGCCAUGACCACCGAGUUCCACCCCUCCCUGCCUCUCUUCAUCUACGGAGCGGCCCCUGCAACUGCCAGCGUUGUCACGCUCUUCCUGCCGGAGACCCAGGGCCAGCCACUGCCCAACACAAUCCAAGACCUGGAGAGAAGAUGGAAAAAGAAAUUGGAGCAGGAGCAGCAGAUGGUCCCGCUCCAGGCCUCCUGA